GGUCAUGUGACCCCGGCGCCAUCUUGUCAGCCAUUUCCUAGCUGAUUCUGCACAGAUUCUGGGUACCGCGCCUGAGGUUUGCUUCACGCCGACUGAGGCAGCGCCGACAAAUCAAUAAAUAAGCCCAAAGGCCGGCGCUGCCCGCAGUGAGAACUCCGGUGGCGUGAAGACGCUGGGUCAGCCCGCUCCUGGGGACCCCUCCUGAGGCGCCGCGACCGGCAGGACCGCAGGGACGCAGCAGCCAUGGCUCUGAAGAUGGUCAAAGGCAGCAUCGACAGGAUGUUCGACAAGAACCUGCAGGACCUGGUGCGCGGCAUACGGAACCACAAGGAGGACGAGGCGAAGUACAUCUCCACCUGCAUAGAUGAGAUCAAACAGGAACUCAAGCAGGACAACAUUGCAGUCAAGGCCAAUGCUGUGUGCAAGCUCACCUACUUGCAGAUGCUGGGCUACGACGUCAGCUGGGCAGCCUUCAACAUCGUGGAGGUUAUGUCUUCCUCCAAAUUCACAUACAAGAGGAUUGGCUACCUGGCAGCUUCCCAGUGCUUUCAUGAAGGCACUGAUGUCAUCAUGCUGACCACCAAUCAGAUCCGUAAGGAUCUCAGCAGUCCUAACCAGUAUGACACAGGAGUCGCUCUGACUGGCCUGUCAUGUUUUGUGACCCCUGACCUCGCUCGGGACUUGGCCAAUGACAUCAUGACUCUGAUGUCCCACACUAAACCAUUCAUCCGAAAGAAGGCUGUGUUAAUCAUGUACAAAGUGUUCCUGAAAUACCCAGAGUCCUUACGGCCGGCCUUUCCCCGUCUUAAGGAGAAGCUGGAGGACCCUGACCCUGGGGUGCAGUCAGCGGCUGUGAAUGUCAUCUGUGAACUGGCCAGACGGAACCCCAAAAACUACCUGUCCUUGGCCCCACUCUUCUUCAAGCUCAUGACCUCCUCCACUAACAACUGGGUCCUCAUCAAGAUCAUAAAGCUGUUUGGGGCCCUCACUCCCCUGGAGCCUCGCUUGGGGAAGAAGUUAAUCGAACCAUUGACAAACCUCAUCCACAGUACCUCAGCCAUGUCUUUGCUGUAUGAGUGCGUCAACACUGUCAUUGCAGUGCUGAUCUCACUCUCCUCUGGGAUGCCCAAUCAUAGUGCCAGUAUUCAGCUCUGCGUGCAGAAACUGCGCAUCCUGAUCGAGGACUCGGACCAGAACUUGAAGUACCUGGGCCUGCUGGCCAUGUCAAAGAUAUUGAAGACCCACCCCAAGUCGGUGCAGGCCCACAAGGACCUCAUCCUGCAGUGUCUGGACGACAAAGACGAGUCCAUUCGACUUCGGGCCCUUGAUCUUCUUUACGGCAUGGUUUCCAAGAAGAACCUGAUGGAGAUCGUGAAGAAGCUGAUGCUGCACAUGGACAAGGCGGAGGGAACCACUUACCGCGAUGAGCUGCUCACCAAGAUCAUCGACAUCUGCAGCCAGAGCAACUACCAGUACAUCACCAACUUCGAGUGGUACAUCAGCAUCCUGGUGGAGCUGACCCGGUUGGAGGGGACCCGCCACGGGCACCUCAUCGCCUCGCAGAUGCUGGAUGUGGCCAUCCGUGUGAAGGCCAUCCGGGGCUUCGCUGUGGCUCAGAUGGCCAUGCUACUGGACAACGCCCACAUGCUCACCGGCAACACGCAGCGCAACGGCAUCUGCGAGGUUCUGUACGCCGCGGCAUGGAUCUGCGGCGAGUUCUCCGAGCACCUGAAGGACCCACUGCAGACCCUGGAGGCGAUGCUGCGGCCCAAAAUGGCCACCCUACCCGGGCACAUCCAGGCAGUCUACGUGCAGAAUGUAGCCAAGCUGUUUGCCACCGUCCUACGUGGCCAGGAGGGCGUUCCUGACAAGCAGGUGGCACAGGAGACCAGCCAGCUGCUGAUUGAGAGGCUGCCGCUCUUCGUCCAGAGCGCCAACCUGGAAGUGCAGGAGAGGGCCUCCUGCAUCUUACAGCUGGUGAAAUACGUUCAGAAGCUGCAGCAGAAGGAGGUGGAGGUAGCUGAGGAGGUCACGGCCCUGUUUGCCGGGGAACUCAACCCUGUGGCCCCCAAGGCACAGAAGAAAGUGCCGGUCCCCGAGGGCCUGGACCUCGAUGCCUGGAUCAACGAGCCGCCGUCGGAGAGCGAGUCCGAGGAUGAGAAGCCCAAGGCCGUCUUCGCCCAGGAAGAGCCACGACACACUCGCCCCCGACACACCGAGGUGGACGAGAAGGAGCUGGCCAGGCGGAGAGAAGCCAGGAAACAGGAGCAGGCGAACAACCCGUUCUACAUCAAGGCCUCGCCGUCCUCCCAGAAGGUGUAUGCAGACAGCACAGGUGUGGAACACAUUCCAGUGGUGCAGAUCGACCUCAGCGUGCCUCUCAAAGUCCCAGGGAUGCCCAUGUCUGACCAGUAUGUGAAGCUGGAGGAGGAGCGACGGCAGAGGGAGAAGGCAGAGAGGAAGAAGAAAAAGGAAAAGAAGAAGAGAAAGGAUAAAUGUGGCCGGGGUCACCGGGCAGAGUCGGGCGCCGAGAGCGAGGAGGACAUCACGCCGGCACAUACGGUGGACAUCGUCACCGAGGAGAUGCCGGAGAAUGCUUUGCCCAGUGAUGAAGAUGACAAGGACCCCAACGACCCCCACAAAGCUCUCGACAUAGACCUCGAUAAUCUGGUGACGGGAGCCACACGCAGGCCACUGGUGGACAGCGAGAAGCUGCCCGCGAGGACACACCGGCCCCCGGACGCCCUCAAAAGUCCGGUGGAGGGGGGCGAGGGGGAGGGUGUUGCUCAGGAGCCGAAGAAGAAGAGCAAGAAGGACAAGAAAGAGAAGGAAAAGAGGAAGAGCAAAGAGCGGAAGAAAAGCAAAGAAGAGAAGAAAAAGAACAAACAUAGGCAGGAAACGGGAGACGAGCCCGAGGCGGGGUCGGCGGAAGAGCCCGCGGCUUUGGCCGCGACUGCAGAAGUGGCGACUCCACCUGCCGUGACAACGGCGGAGGUAUCUGAUCUGGAUUUUUGGCUCUCUAGUGCUCCAGUGCCCUCUAAUAAAAAGGAGGUAGCGGUUCCAGUUCCGGAGGUCGCCCCUGAUGCAGCCCCGGUUUCUGAGCCGGACGAGCCCAAAGACACUGAGCUUGAGGAGCCUAGAUCCUCCAAACACAAGAAGAAAAAACCGAAAAAAGAGAAGGAGGACAAGGAUAAGAAAAAGAAGAAGCGACAUCAUCGUCACCAUAGCGACGGGGGAAGAGCAGAGUCGGCGCGGAACGGUGCCGCUGAGGAGGAGGAGGAGGAGCCUCUGCCUCCAAUGUCCAACUACUGCCUCCUUGCUGAGAACCCCUACAUCAAAAUGGCGUACGACAUCCAGGGCAACUUGCAAGAUGGCAGCCAAGUGGUGGUGUCAGUAAUAUUCGAGAACAAAAGCAGCAGCAGCUUCUUAAAGUCCAUGGAGUUCAAUGUGCUGGACUCCCUCAAUUCCAAGCUGCAGCGACCUGAAGGUGCCAGCCCACACGACGCUGUCACCAUCCCAUUCCAGCUGCCCCCUGGAGUCUCAAAUGAGGCGCACUUCGUCUUCUCCGUGCAGAGCAUCGUCAUGCCGCAGAAGCUGAAGGGGACCCUCGCCUUCAUCGUCAAGUCUGAGGAUUCCUCCACUCAUGAGAAACUAGACUUCAAACUGCACUUUACCUGCACCUCCUACCUGAUCACCACUCCCUGUUACAGUGACGCAUUCGCCAAACUGCUGGAAUCCGGGGACCUGAAGGGGAGUUCUGUGCGGCUAGAGGGCGUCAGCAUGCCUUUCCACCACCUCCUCGCCAGGAUCUGCUUUCACCACCACUUCUCCGUUGUGGAGAGAAUCGAUUCCUGUGCUUCUAUGUACAGCAGGUCAAUCCAGGGCCACCAUGUCUGUCUGCUCGUCAAAACUGUUGACCAGACUGUGUCGAUUGACGCCAAAUGCGACGAGCCAUCGCUGUUGGAGAACGUGCUACAGGAGAUCAAGCAGACCUUCGCCAAGUGCUGAUUGUGUCCAGUUGUCCCCUCUGCCCCGAAAAUGCUCGCAUACUCGGACACACACACACAGGCACAAACCUUGUAACGACAGUGUCCGUUACACCCAUGUCCCCCUCUCGUUCACUCUUACUUUCUUUUUCUCAGUUGAUUAGCAGCUCCGCUUAUACCUGUUCCCCAGACUAUUUACCCUCAAACCUAUUUACUCAGUCUUGUGGCCCAUUUACUGUAAUUAAACCACUGCAUCAAUGCUUUUUUCCCCUCAGUUCUAAGUACUUCCUGUCACAUGGUCUAGUUCAGCUUCCUGCGAUGUGGUCUCCCUCCACAUCUCUGUUUACUGCAAUCGCUUUCUAACCUCUCAUCUAUGGGGUCUUUUCAGGCUUCCGGGUGAAACUGGCCUUUUCCCCCUUUUUAACAUUUUCUGUCCUGUUGCGUUCUGUCAUCGCGAGCUGCACCUCUGAAAACUGACACGCCUGGGUCCGGUUUCUCUGCUGCGGUCCUGCUCCUGUUAUUUCAGACUGCAUCUCCAGUGGUCUGAUUUUCGCUACCAGCCACUUUUCUCUGUUUAGUUUUCCCUCCCUCCUCAACUCAGACUUAUUCUCAUUAGCCAACAAUUCCUCAAAAGGAGAAGAAAAGUUAUUAUCCUACAUGUAAUAUAGUUUGAUGCAGUAGCUAUACUGGAUCAAGAGGAUACAGGCUUUUGUCCAGGCCAGUGUUACGGACUUAUGGACUUAAUUUCAUUUUCAUGUAAUAAAUUUUCCCUGAAUGGAAGGUUUCCUGUUUCCUGGAAUGAGUGUGAUCCAUCUUGCUCAGAGCUCAGUUUCCCAUGCCAGAGUGCUUGAGCUCUUUGGGUUUGUGAGGAUGAAGAUGUACCUCUCUGAUGGCCUGGAUCACUGCUUCUCCUCGUUACCUUUGAAUACUUCAUUGUCCAGAGUAACUGAUCCUGUUCAGCACUCUGGAGACCAACAUGUUUUAAUUGCUUAUGUUAGUAGCUGGCUCCUCAUCAGGUUACCUGUAUCUUGUUGGCAUCUCCAAGUAUACAUUUUCUUUGUGUGGUUGAGUUUUAGGAGCGACUGGUGGAUACUUCGAUCCAUUAUAGAUCAUCUUCAAACUCUGUUCUCUGGAAGUUGACAAUAUAAAGCCUAGAUGGAAGCGCACCCCCCUCCUGACUCCCAGCCGCCACACACACACACACACUUCCACUAGCAGCAUCACGUUAAUUCCUCCAAUAGAUAUUUUGGCCUUGAUUACCCUAACCAGGAGUCCUGUCUCUGCCUUGGAGGUUUAAGUCCCUCUGCUGUGGGGGCCGUGAGCCCGUCUCUUCUGCUCCCUCUCCCGGCAGCACCCCCCCAUCAUGAGCCCAUGUCAGAUCAGCUACGUUCGUGCCGCUCUAACACACCACGCGUCAGAUGCAUCCCAGUGUCCUUCCUCUCAGCGCUGCCUUCUCCUGUCCUCUGCGUUCGGCGUAUAUAGCAUUAGCGCAACUCCUGUAUGAUUGCAGCCGCAAGGAGAGAAUCCACCUCUAAAUGGACUCCCAGCUGAAAGACUAGGACUUAAUAGUGCAUUCAGGCCAAAUCCUGUCCAUCUCCAUGCAUAGCCGUCUUCCCGAUGCCCCGUUAUCUGUAUGGUUUGACUGUAGGGCGUGUCUUUCCAGAGGUGGGAAGUUCAGGUCCAGAAAGUACAAAUCCAGACCAGGAUUUAGUUUCAACAGACUAGUUGAAUAUGAGUCUUAGUCUUGAAUAUAAGAGUGCUCAGCUGAUUUGGCUGAAGCAAAAUCUUGGUCUGGAUUUGUACUUGCAGGACCUGAACUUUCCACCUCUGUUCGCUUCUUCAAGGACAUUAAGAAUGAAUAUCCGUGCUUUUAGGAUGUGCUUCAGCUCAGUUAUGCAUAAGUGAGUGGUGCAAAAUGAGAAGAGUAAAUACUUGUAAGAUUUACAGUGCAAAAUAUUUAUUCAGAAGUUGGUUUUCUUGCAAGAGCAGGAAUGUACACAGUGUCAAAACUAGUAGACAUACGCACAUACAUUUCCCUGGUUAUUUUGUUUUUAUACUUUUUUUAAUAAUGUGAACAGCACAUAUGUCUGAUAAGAUUGUUAAUUUUUAUCUCAUGCAAAUGAUUUGAAAAAAUUACUGGGAAUGUUGCUUUUAAACUGAUUUUUUUAUGCUUUAUUUUAAACUGGGUAAAGGGGAUCUUUUUGGUGUAUUUGACUUUGUGAAAGAAUAAAGUUCAGUUGAAUGGAGGUAUAAAUGCAGACAUGCUGUUCCAUGGCGUGGAAGCAAACGUCUCCUGCAAAGACUGUCUUUAUUCUGCUAAAUUGUAGCAAGUUUCUCGAUUGCUGAGUUUGGUUCGUAUACCUGUAGAGUCUAAUCGAACCACUAUAUCUUUGAAAAUAGGUAACCUGUAAUACCUUUUGUUUCUUCUCCAGCAGUAUGUUGUGCUGAUGUUUUUGAAACACAUAAAGCAAAAGGCGUUUAAAGGACCGGCACUCCUUCUAAAGAGGAGAGCAUGUACACAUAGAAGGCACGCCGCUGUAGUCCUUUUGUGUUUAGGUGAGUCAAUAAAAUCUGAUAGAAACA